AAUCAGAGCGCUCCCUGCCGAGCGUUGUGACGGAGGAGCCCCGGAGGUGGAUUGGCUGAACUCCCCGCGACUUCUCCCCACGCCUCCGGCCGGCAGAGCAAGCCGGGUGACGGCCGCGGAUGGAGCGGAGCAGGGGGUCUUCCAGGUGAGGGGGUCUCGCGCGGCGGUUGCGGCUUUUUCCCCACCCCUUUUUUCUGAGGGGAUAACGACACGCCUGGGCGAAUAUUUCCUCUCCCCCCCCUCACACGUCCGUAAUUCAAAACAAGUCCCUUGUGAAGGUGUCUCUUCCUCGGCCUGGAGAGAGACCGGCCCCGUCACGCCUUUUAGGGGCACGACCCCUCCUUCUUUGGGGCCUCUCUUCUCCGAGGGCCGCUCCCUCACCUUUUUCGUUUCAGGAGCGACGUUAUCCCCCCCCCCAUAGCUACCCGGGGGCGUGGGGGGCGGCGGCAGGGAGCCUGGCGCUCGGCUGCUGGUCGAUUGACCUUCCUUAAUGUCAAGAGGAAGGAAGGGGAAAGGGAAGGAGGCCGAAAAGUUUCCUUGCCACACUUUGAGGGAAGCAUAAAUAUCUAAAGAGGGGGGUGGGUUAAAUUCAUCAGGUCCAGAGUCUGAAAUUACUUCACUACACCACUGAGUCUAUUAUCCACCAAGAACAGGCGCAUCUAAUUAUAUAUUUCCUUCCCACCCCACCCCCUGCAAAGCGGGGUUUCCACUCCCCUUUUACUUUCGCCCGCCAAGCUUCUUGCAUGCAUGGAUGCAUUUCUGGCUUCGUCUGCUCGCACGUUUGCGUAUGUGCCUCCCCCACUUUUUUUUUUAGCUUAAAGUAGUUCGUGGGAAUAGCUGGGGAUGCGAUUUCCGCUCACAGGUGUGCAUCCACAGAGCUUUCAACUAAAUUACAGACGCGAUUACCUUGCGCAUUAUCUUUGAAUCUCCUGAAACCGGUUCCACUUGUGGGACCAUGCCCUGAGACGGUGACGAAAGCUUUUCUGGGUUCUUACGAGGGGCAAAAAUCAUCAACUGAAUGAAGCCUUAAUAGCAUGUACUGGGAUUUCUUUAAAACUCCCCCUACCCCGUCUUCUUUUAAAUGUUUCAAACCAAUGUUUGAAAUGCAGGGAUUUAAUCAGCGGUGGUAUGAGGAUUCACUGAUGGACCAUGUUUUGUGUGGAUGGGUUGGAUGUCAGGUUGCUGUUUGGGGCAAUGUAGCACAAGCAGCAAAGAGAGCUUUGCUUAUUUGCUAGACGUUGGGGGUUGAUUGGGCUGAGUUCUAAAGGAAGGCAGUCCCCAUCAAUGCUUUUGGAAUAAUUUAAAGGUUCACUUCUUUAAACUUCUUAAAUUCGCCUUGCAAGUUUGUGUUUUUAAAGCAGCCCAAAGCGGUGGAAGUAAAAGUUAGCAGGUGUACAGCUUAACUAAUGAUUCACACAUGCAUAUAUAUCAUUAAAGCACUUCUUUGUGACUUGCAAUGGAAUAUGUGAACUGUUUUCAUUGAAAAUUGUUGAUUUAUUAUUAUUAAUUUCAUUUCUAUACCGCUUUAUAUUUAAAAAAAAAAUCUCAAAGCGGUUAACAGAAUAUUAAAACAUCAAUAAAACAAUUUGAAGAAAGUCAAAUAUAGAAUAUACAGUCAAAGCAACAUUUAAGCACUUCAAUCUAAUUGAUUUCAAUGAGGUUAUUUUUAAAGCAUCUUUAUAUGGUUAAUUCCCAUGCCCUAUUUGAAUUAAAUGAAAUUUGCAUCCCUGUUGUUUACAAGUUGUUUACUUAGAAAAUGGGUCCCUAAAAGUUCAGUAGAAACAUGCAUAGGAUUGUAACCUUGAAAUGCAUACCUUUGACUGCAUAAUGCCUUUUGUUUGCAAUUUCUGAUCUUCAGUGGCUGUCUUCCAUCAUCAGUUGAUGAUCUAAUUGCUGAAUGAUUGACAUGUAUUGUAAGCCUGUUUUAAGUGCGUUUUUGACAAAGGCUUACUGGAUACAGUGGUACCUCAGGUUACAUACGCUUCAGGUUACAGACUCCGCUAACCCAGAAAUAGUGCUUCAGGUUAAGAACUUUGCUUCAGGAUGAGAACAGAAAUUGUGCUCCGACGGCGUGGCAGCAGCAGGAGGCCCCAUUAGCUAAAGUGGUGUUUCAGGUUAAGAACAGUUUCAGGUUAAGAACGGACCUCCAGAACGAAUUAAGUACUUAACCUGAGGUACCACUGUACAUUGAUUAGAGAUGGAUGGAUGGUGAGAGUCAUCUUCAUUAUGAGAUGCUGACCACAAGUAUAUUCACAUUCUACUGUUUUUAGUAAAGUGCCUGUGGAGGGAAAUCUGGAGAGUUAUUCCAUAGAAUUUGGCUAUGUUGUCUAAUUGGCUUUUGCUCUAUAAGUAUACAUUUUGCUCUAUAAGUCUCUGUAAUUAUCCUUGCCAUGUUUUCAACACUCUUUUGUAGCCUAAAUCAGGAUGUCUAGAGAAGGUUUUAGUGUUUCAGUUAAUGGAGAUUGUGGGGAUGUGUUUUUCAUUCUUGAUAAACGCAUUCUUGAUAAACGAGUAUAGCACCAAGGUUGGAGUGGAGGCCUCGGAUAAUGCAUGUAGCACAAAGGUUGGAGUGGAGUGCCAUAUUUGCUGUGGCUUACCUCUUCGCUCCUGGUGUUUGUUAUAACAUUGUUAUGGACUAUGAGGAUCAGUCUUUGAGACUUUGCUUUGUGGGUGAUGCUGUCUCAAGCCUGUAGUUGGGUUCAAUGAUCUUCUGAUUCUUUCUUGUACUGUAAUUACAACCUCUCAAUGUGUUACAAGGCAUGUGGUGUUGGGCAUUGUCUUCAUAGAAUCCUUUGUUAGCGUAAAUCCCACCCCCACCCCUGUGAGAAAUAUUUAUGGAAUGGCUUGGGAUAGAACAGGAGUAAUUUGAAUUUGAAUACUGAUAGGCUUGAGCUGUGGUUUUCAAAACAUGAAGCUGUAUUACCUAAGAAAGCAUGGGACUGUUCUGCCCCACCCUAGUUUGUGCUGCAUUAGACAAAAAUUAGUGGAAGACAGGAGUGCCUGGCAUGCUCUGGUCCAUGGGGUCACGAAGAGUCGGUCAUGACUGAAUGACUAAACAACAACAGACAAAAAUUGGGGGGUUGUGGUGGCUAAUCCACAAGAAGUACUUCUUGUUUCUCAGAGGCAUUUUCAUUUCCUAGUUUUGCAUCCUUUUAGACCAGUGAACACAUUUUAGGCCUGUCAUAUAAACCUCUUUUCUUUUUGUCUGCCUCUUUCCAGAAGCAUACUUUUUCCUUUCUUUCUUUUAAGAUAUACAUGUUGCACCACACAUAAUCCUAUAAGAAGAGGGAAUGCCAUUUUUUUAAAAUGGAGGGGGCUUUUUAAGUUUAAAAAGGUGUUCCUCCUUACUUUGGUUGUAGUUUGUUUUUUAAAUAUUAGCAUGCUUAGAUGGCAAGCAUCAACUUUUAAUAGAUCGAUUAAAUGCCUAAUUCUUAUGAAUAAUUUACAAUUGAAAAAAGAGCAGAGAAAUUAAGAUUGCUUGCUGAGGACUUAGCUAGAGUACAGGUUUCCACUUCCUUUUUGAUUCUGUAUAACACUGAAUCUCUUAUAUUGCAGUCCUUUGCAUGUUUACUUAUCAGUUAGCCCCACUAUGUUCUGUGGAGCUCCCAGGUAAGUGUGCACUAUGAUUUUUUUUUUUUAAGUGAAGUGUUACACUUGAUAUAGCUGUGGAAUAUAACAGUUCAGCCUUAAGUAUCUCUUUAUUGUCCUACUUUUAUGUGUUGGGUAGUGUAAUCUUAUCAACUCCUAAGAAAAAGUUGCUGAUAUAUUUUAUAUUUCUGUCCUGCUCUUUCUCAAAGGAGUUCAGAGCUAGUAUUAGCUGCAUGAGAUCUGUGAGCCAGGGAGUCCCCAGAUGAAAUCUCUCCUCUUCUGUGAGCUUGCAAGAAAGCCUUAAACCAUUGUCUCUUAAGUUGCCUCCCCUGCCUGCCUGCAGCAAUUCUGCCCAAGACAUAAACAUAAAACUUUAUGUUCCUAAGUUUUUGCUUUUUUCUAAAUUCCAAGAAAUAGAAGGAACAUAAAUCUAACCCACAGUUCAGUUAGUUUUAAGAUCCUUUUCAGCCUUAUCCAGGACAAAGCAUGAAUGUAGCCCCGCUGAUCUUAUCUUUUGUAAUGGCUACAACUAGACUAAAUAAGUAAAUAAAUAAUACACUGAUCUUUUGGUUUCUCUCUCCCCCCUCCCUUUUUUUUUAUUUAGGACUUGGAAGAUUCAUGAAAAUCUAAUGUAAAUAACACAGGUAAAAGAGACAUCCUGAACUUGAGAAAUGGCAGGUUUCCUAGACAAUUUCCGAUGGCCUGAAUGUGAGUGUAUUGAUUGGAGUGAAAGAAGAAAUACAGUUGCUUCUGUGGUAGCUGGGAUUCUGGUAAGUCUUAAGACAAAUGCAAUAUGCCAACUGGUCUGUUGGAAGGGAGUACAUCAGAUUUGUCAGUGCCUCACUUGAUGGUAAAAAAAAAUCCGGUCACAUUUACAGGAUGUUUGCUCAGUUGCUUUGUUUGUAUUGAAAGCCAACUUGUGAGUUCUUGUGCUAAAUCACAGGUGGACAUCCCAUGAAACCCUCCCAGGUCCAGGAGAGCCUGCUCAGUUUGCUGAUAAUCAGCCAUCAGCUGCAUGGCAGAGAAAAUAUUCUUGUUCCAUGUGGGAGCAACUGUCUUCUGUACACUAGAAACAGGAGGGGCUUUAACAUCACCUCUAGCAUUCCCAGUGUAGUCCAACAAUAUAUGUACCCCUGAUGGUGGCUGGGCAGCAGGGAGAAUAUGUGUGAGUGGGGACGGGCAGGGGAGGAUCUGAGUGUUGGGCGUGUGGAUGUUAAUGGCCACAUUCACCAUCAGGGCUGGCCAUGCCUGCCACCAGGCUGCAGUGCUGGAUAUUUGCCUACCAUUAAGUUCCAUUCAACUGAGAGGGAUUCUGAAAAAGCAAGCUUGGAAUUGCACUGUUAGUUGUCUAUCUCUUGAACAUGUGUUUUGUGUACACCCAUUUUGCAUGCUAGGCAUAUACCCCUACCAACACAACUGUGUCUACUUGAGAGGAGCCACAACACUUGCUAUGUUGGUUAAGGCAAAGAUGUUGCUGUUAGCAUUCUUACCUUGCCAGAAAAUGCUCUGAGUGUGGUAGGAAUUGCAAAGUGGGGAGCUAUUGGUUUUUUUGUCUUAAGAGCUAGCAGCAAUUUCUUCCUGCCCAUACAACUGGAGUACUGAGAACACAGAUUUCUUAGAUAAGCAUAUUUGCAUUGAUGGUUACUUUGGCUUUAUUUCAGGCACACUUUGUAAAUGUUUUAGAAAUGGCGGCUGCGUUCCUGAUUAAUGUUUAAUUUUUUCCCUCCUCAAGUGAUGUCUUCAGUCACUAUGAAUUCAGAUAGUAUAAAUUAUUAAUCAAAUUAGCUUCUGUUUUCAUGUUAAUCAUUAGCAGAAAUAUUGAGCUAUAAGGGAAAGACAUCUCCCCAACCUUAUCUAUAUUCACAAACAAGCACGUUUUUAAAUAAACAAAUAGGUGUUGGUUGUUCAUUGGUAUAUUGUUUAUAUGGUAAAGGGAGUAUGAUUGUGUGCUGUUUUAAUAUUGUGUUUAUUGUACAUUGUGGUAUGUGUGUUUUAAUGGAAAAGCAGUCUUAAAAGUUCAAAAAGCACUACCAUUUAUUUAUCUUUUACCACAGAGGGGCACUCUUUUCAUGAAGCCGGCUGUUGAAUCUUACAGUUAGAAGCCAAUACCAAAAUACGAUGCCUCUUAAUUAGUUGGCUGGGAGGCCUUACUUACCAUUUGAGUAAAUAUGGAAUCUGUUUAGUUCUUCACUGUGGCCUCCAUAUUGAGCUCAUCCAUGGCAGGUGGAUCUGGUAAUAUGGUUUAUAGUACAUGUGCACAUGAAUACUUUAGUGGUACCUUCUAGUCUUUGUGGCUGCGACGGAAAUGAGUCCCUAGCUAAAACAAUGCACUUUGGAGGGUGGGGGUGGGGUGGGCUAGGAAGUUUCUGUUAAUUGGAGUGGGUAGCUGGGACUCAGAUGAUUACAAAGCCAGUGGAGUGAAGGAGAAGAGAAGCAGCAGAGUUAUGUGGCUGACCUUUCUGUAGAUAUUUGCCAUGGUUUAAUGAUCAUGUGUUUUACAGUUUUUUACAGGUUGGUGGAUAAUGAUAGAUGCGGCAGUAGUUUACCCUAAGCCAGAGCAAAUGAACCACGCAUUCCAUACUUGUGGAGUGUUUUCUACUCUAGCUUUUUUCAUGUAAGUACAUAUAAUGAUAGGUCCAUACAAAAGUAGCAGUUGUUCAUCUCAAAUGGCAAAGUGCACCUACAAAAUAAUCCCCCCCAUCUUUCUUCUUUCUUUUCUCUUUUUGCUCUUGUGUUCUACUACUAUUUCUCAUCCUUUAAAAUUGUUGAAGUGUGCAUGCACAGCUUACUGUUUGUAAACAAGUCUUUCUUUCUAAAAGCAAAGGUUUCCAUGCAUACAUAAAUGUAUUUCUCAUCAUCUUCAGAGACCCAGUUUCCCCCUAUCCCUCCAUUUCUUUUCCUACUCAAUUUGUUCUCAUGCUUUGAGCCAGUGUGGUGUAGUGGUUAAGAGCGAUAGACUCGCAACCUGGGGAACCGGGUUCGCGUCUCCGCUCCUCCACAUGCAGCUGCUGGGUGACCUUGGGCUUGUCACACUUCUCUGAAGUCUCUCAGCUCCACUCACCUCACAGAGUGUUUGUUGUGGGGGAGGAAGGCAAAGGAGAAUGUUAGCCACUUUGAGACUCCUUCGGGUAGUGAUAAAGCGGGAUAUCAAAUCCAGUCUCUCUCUCUCUCUCUCUCUCUCUCUCUCUCUCUCUCUCUCUCUUUGUAUCCACUCUACUAGAGUAUAGUGACAGCCCUCUUUUACUUUUUGGCACUGUAGUACUGCUCACCAGACACUGUCAUUGGUAACAGUCAAAAAGAGAUUUAAGGAUUGUAGUAGAUAAAUGACUAAACAAAUAUGACAACUCUAGUAUCUGAGAGAAUAUGCAUAUACUGGGCAUUUUGGUUUUGUUAACUGGUCAGGUUUAGCAUCUGGAUUCAAAAGGAAGAUUGGGAAAGAAAAGAAAAUACUUAAAAUUGGAGAGGGAGUAUUUUGUGGAUCCAGAUUAGUGGACUUGCUGCCUUUUAGUCUUUUGCACAAUUCUUUAAAAAGUAAUUUUAGCGCCUGUUUUUUAUGUGUUGCAGGAUAAACGCAGUAUCAAAUGCUCAGGUGAGAGGAGAUAGCUAUGGUGAUGGAUGUUUAGGAAGAACAGGUGAGGGUUCUCCUAUUUAUGCAGAUAAAUUCACACUUCAGUCUUCAUUUCAAAACUUGGCUGUGCAAGCAGCGAAGAAAACAUAACAAAACUUUCUGUCCUGGCACAUGUCACAAAAAGCAAGAUGUUGGACUGGUGCUGGUGGUACUGUCAAUGGUGCACAGAUCUUUUCAUGCUCACAUUAAAAAAAUGUUAGUAAUGAUUUCUAAUACUAACUAGAUUUUAUAAGAGAUUUCAGAUUUAACAAAUGAGGGGGUGAAAUUUAUUGGUGAAUCCUAGAAGCUCACGUGGUUUAUCACUAUCUUUUCUUGCCUUCUUCCAUGGGACUCUUGUAAUUUUAUCCUCUUUGCAAGCAUGUUAAGUAGGAUAGGAUGAGAGAUGCUCUUAGAGUUAUCAAUUAAACUUCAUGAUGGAGCUAUGAACCCAAGCCUCCUUUGUCCAAGUCUAAAUUUCCCACCCCCACUAAAUCACUUUGUAUUAGCGUUGCCAGUGUUGUUGUUCAUACCACCUACCGCAUUGAGCUUACAGGUCAAAAAGCUUAGACUGAAGCAUAUCUCCCUGGCGACAUAUUCCCAGUUGUCUUACACCUGGUAGUACAUUAAUUUUCCUAGAAUUUAUCAUGGAUCACUGAUUUAGCAGUUGAAGGUAAACUCUCCUUUAUGUCAUGCUGUGGCAUGCUGUGAUGAUGAAUGCAAGUCUUGUUAAAUUAAUUCAUUUAAAAGCAUUUGUAAACUGAGUAUUUUAAAAAAUCUCUUAGUAUAUACAGCAGAAAAAACAAAAUAAAAUAGUAGUAUACAAGCAAAUAAAACAAACAUUCAGGGGAUUCAUGCGCGUAAAUCAGGGUCUAAUCUUAUGAGUUGAAGAAAGCUUCAGUGGGAUGAUGAGGGAUGCUGUUUCCCACUGCCCCCUUAUUUCUGCAUAUUAUUACCCUAGCCUAGUGCUUGACUUCAUGUGUUCUUGCAGGCGCUCGUGUCUGGCUCUUCAUUGGCUUCAUGUUGAUGUUCGGCUCCCUUAUUGCUUCUAUGUGGAUCCUUUUUGGAGCAUAUGUUACCCACAGUAAGGAUGGUUUAUUUUUAAUCAAGGGGAAAGAAAUGCACUUAUAAGUGUCUUUGUGUUAAAUGAGAGAGAUGCACAUAUCACAUUAUUAAAUACCUUAUUUUAUUUUGAAAUAAAAUUAAAUAACUUCUUUUGAAAUAAAAUCAAGGUAUGCGUAGUUCUCUUCUUAAAAACAGUGGUACUUAAAAGUGCUUCACUUUGGCUGGAUCAUGCCCCUGCUGUUUUGACCAACAUCUUCCACUUCCACUCUUCCUGCUGAAGAAUCCGAAAUGUUGUAGGACUGAUCCAGCUGCUUUGUUGGCUGCUUAUUUUCUGUUAGAAAUUUUCAAGGGCAGAAUUACUGGAUGUAAAAACAAUAAAAUAAAAGAUACAAUGUUAAAACAAGAAAGAGAUGGUGAUAAGCACAGUCUAAAUAAAAGCAGCAGGUGGCAGUAUAUUAGAAGUACUGGAUUGGUAAAUGUUAAAAAUAGUCUAAUGGCUGAAUGUCGAUGAUAAAGUUGGCUUCCCUGUGGAUGAUUUGGGGUGGAUGGGGAAGGUUUGUAUGAGAGAUGUUCCUGGAGGUAAGUGGGGUCUAGGCUGUUAGAUCUUUAAGGGAAUCGGGUGAAGGUCAGGUGGAAAGGUGCUCUUGAGACUCUUAAUGGGUCUGAUCAGGGCCUUGAUAAAAGUUAAUGUGAUUACUUUUCUUGUUCAUGGUACUUCCUAGAAACCUGUUUACCUAGCUUUUCCUCUUACUGCUGUGAGCCAUGCAGGAUCAGGUUCUAUACAGAAGAGAGAGAUCCUGCUGGCCUAAUACUCUGACUAAACUUUAGUUGACUUGUGUACAAAUACAUUGUUUCAUGACAAAAUUACCAACACCCUCUAUAGAUUUUUGAAAAGUCAACACUUUGCACUCCAGGUUGUUGCUGCUUAUUCUAUAUUGUUUUCGCUGCAGCAGUCUUAACAUGGCUACAGUAUAGAAAUAUGCACAUGUCUGUAAGUCACAGAGUAUAAAUCGGCUUCUUACAAAGAAUCAAGGGAGCUUUUUAGGGAACUGCAAGCUCCUUUGUUCCUCUUCUGCUUAACAGCCACAACUCUCAAACACUGCGAAAGAAAAAUGUUCUCUGGGUUCCUUUCACCCAGAAAGGCUUCUGCCACCUGCUGGAAGGAAAACAACAGAUGUCUUUCCAUCAUUUAGCCACAGACUGUUUUCGACUCUGUGGCAGUGAAAAAGGGGGAACUAUUAAAUUUGGGCAAAGGGUCAAAGCGUGGAAGCCGGAAAAAAACAACCCAUGUGGUUUCAAGUCCUAUCCUGUAGCUGUAAAUGUUCAAUAUGCUAAUGUAAGUAAGCUUGAGUGAUGGCUAUUUAUGAAAAUGUGCAUACUUAGGACACAAUCCAAAUAUCCCCUUCUUGAGACUUUGCUCUCUCCUCAGUCUUGCAGCAUUUCCAAAGCACUGAAUAUUCUUGUGACAAAGUGCAGUGUUUUGGGGUGACACUGGAAUGUGUAGAAACCUACUGUAGGGUGGGGGAUGUCCGACUUCAUAGCAUACUCCCAUAGAUCAAGUCUUAAUUGUUUGUAGAUAGAACUGAAUUAUCAUGAUCCAUCUCCCCCCUCUUUAAAAAUGCCGUUUCAUAGCUAAAUGAACACAACAUAAACUUAGUAGUGACAAGUUUUGAAAACUUGUCUCAAUACUUACCUAUUUAUUGCAUUUUUAUUUUAUAGAUAUUAAUGUCUACCCAGGCUUAGCAGUGUUUUUUCAGAAUGCUUUGAUAUUUUUCAGGUAAGUAACUAAUGCCUCCAAAGUCUAAUAGUUAUAACGAUACAGAUGUUUUCGGUUUGCACAAUUUACUCAGACGAUAGAAAUGGGUGUGUGAGGGUUCAUUGUGGUGUUCUAAAUCUCUGUGAAAAAUGAUGUUACUAGAAGCCAAAUAAUGUUCAUUAAUCAUAAUACACAAGUGACAGAGAUUGGGGCAUACAGCUCUACCAGUAUAGUAGUGCCAGUUAUCAUGUCAUCUGCUUCUAGAAUUUUGAUAAUUUUGCCAUAUCAUCAUUGGAAAGAAUGUCUGUCUUACAGAUCUAAACUUUUGUUUUCAUAGCACCCUUAUCUACAAAUUUGGAAGAACUGAAGAACUGUGGGCUUAAGAGUACUUUUUUCUUCAUCUUGCUUAGCGAGCCUUGUAUGUAAAUAUAAUUUACAUUUCUGUUUUAUAUUUUGCCAAAUAGAUGUUGCAUUACACCUUUUGUAUGUUUACUUAUUUUUGGAACGUGAACUGAUUUAAAUAUUCUGCUCAAAGUUAGCUAUCUUUUCAUAGAAUGGAUAGUAAUGUGAAUAUGUACAUACUAUGACUAUCUGUAAAAUAUAAAAGUGAAUGUUAAACUUUCAUUGCACUUGGCAGUUUUUUUCUGCUCUGAUAUGUGAAUAAUGUUUUGGGAUUAAGGCUCAUAGCUUGUUCAAGAUCAUAUACUGUUCUUAAGCACAAAUGAGCUGUAGUAGCUUCCUGAAGAGUUGAGAUUUUGAUUUGGUGAUCAGAAAGUGAAGUUAAAGAAUAUUAAUCUGAACGGCAUCUCCAAAUAGCCAUUGAUGCAUGACCCCCAGUAAGACAAAUACGUUAUUUGGAAGUGUAGUAUACUCUGGCAUCAUAUGCUGAAAUUUCAUCUAGCGCUAACUUCCCAAUUACUAGGAAUGUUUUACGCUAUAGUACAAAAUGUGUACUGAACAAAGGAGGCAUGAAGUAUGUAUGGAAAUUCUAUUUAGCAAAAAAACUCACGUAAAAAACCAAAAGAUCUUAAGCAUUUAUUUGGUAGUGCAGCAUGCCUUAAAAUGGAAUGGGCCAAUCCUUUCUCAGUGAAUGCACUGUGAAAAAUAUUUAAGACUGACGUAUUAAUGUGUUUGACAAGCUGUAGGAGAAUUCUAGGUUUGAACUUUUAAGGUGUGUUGUCAUAAACCCAUCAAAAUGUCUUGUCAGACAUUACUAAUUUUACCAUGAGACUGACUGAUAUUUCACAUGCUUGUGCAAUUGAUAUUCAGAACAAAGGAGCGAUCCCAAGUUCAAAGCAUCACAGGACUGCUUGUUUUGUUGCUUACUACACAAGGAAAAAAGGGACACAGGUGGCACUGUGGUCUAAACCACUGAGCCCUAGGGCUUGCUGAUCAGGUCGGUGGUUUGAAUCCCCGUGACGGGGAACUCCCGUUCGGUCCCAGCUCCUGCCCACCUAGCAGUUCAAAACCACGCUGUGCAAGUAGAUAAAUGGGUACUGCUCCAGCGGGAAGGUAAACGGCGUUUCCGUGCGCUGCUCUGGUUCGCCAGAAGCGGCUUAGUCAUGCUGGCCACAUGACCCGGAAGCUGUACGCCGGCUCCCUCGGCCAGUAAAGCGAGCUCAGCGCCGCAACCCCAGAGUCAUCCGUGACUGGAGCUAACGGUCAGGGGUACCUUUACCUUUAUACAAGGAAAAAGCAUAUUUAAACACAAUUCACUAGAUUUUUCUCUUCCCUUUUGUCCAGAAUCUAAUCAGCUUCUCUGAUGAGACUAUCAUCUAUUUUCCAUGUUUUUCUGAACUUUAUUGUAGUGAAUUACAAUAUGUAUGUUUAGGUACUGUGAUGUUAACUGGAACUACCUGUAUUUUAUUUCACCCAAGCCAAAUUGUGUACUGAGAAGCAUAUCAAACUGCAUCAUUUGCAAAAUGUAACAAGGACUCCAUGUUAAAAAUAUUUUUGCAAGACAGGGUCUAGGGGCAUGAAGAAGAAUCAGAUGAGGUAAAGGUACUCUACAUUCUGAUUUUUGGAGACCCUGCAAAAUGACCUUUUCCAAACAUUCUUCACUUUCAGACUUUCGGACUUCUCUCCCAACCUAGGAAAUACAGCUGUGUUAGUUUAUUUUCUGAAACCAUUUUCAUUUGUCUUCAGAGCCCUUUUCAGGACAGACUAUGAAGCAAAUACUAUGCUAAGAGUUGUCCUCUUAUGACAUUAGACUAUCUUGCUUGUUUAUUGUAAAUACAUUAAAAUCCAAUAAAGAUUGGUAAUGUAUUUUGUUUUACAAAUGCUAAAACUCCUCAGUAUUCUUCUACAGUGUAAUAUUCUCUCUUUCACACAAACACAUAUAGAUAUAUCUGUUGUACAAUGACGUUCCGCUCUGGCUGGAUAAAGUGAUUUUAAGUGAACUCUGAGUUGAACUUCAGGGCCAUUGCAGAGCCUCGCAUUGCUCUAUUUCUAUAUGCAUAUGAGCUUUACAAGAUGUGAUUCUGCCCAGCAUGGCAUAGUGAAAAGUUGGGGGUUUUUGUUGUUAAAACACAGCAGUGUUGCUUCCCCAAAGCUUGAGAGGCUAGACUUUAAAGCUGAUUGAAUACAUAACAUUUUAACAAUAAUUGGUAAAAAAAAAACAAAAAACUGCCAGUGUCCUUUGAUAAAAGCAUACAUGUCCAAAUUAGUCUUCUGAAAUCAAUUAACCUGAUGUCCUUGCUACUGUUCACUAAUUUUGGUCUCAGCUUAGGAUUCACAAUUCAAGUAGGUAUUUUAUUCCAUAAGUGCAACACCCCCCCCCCCCAAUCUCUGAAGUAUUUGCAUUAAAGUGGUAAAGGUGAUUUGAACAUCAGUAGCAUACUGCCCCAGGGGUCUCCAAAAAGAAGGUAGCUGCAACUAUUCUUCUUAAAGGAAUUAAUUUUAC